AAACUUCGGAAACACCAACCUAUGAUGAACUUAUUCAAGAGUGCAGUGGACAAGGCCCUAAAGAGUAAGAAUGGACACCUGGACCUGUUCCUCCAUUUCCUUCUGGGCCUCUCACUGGAGUCCAAUCAGACUCUCCUACAAGGCCUACUGACACAGACAGGAAGCAGCUCACAGACCAAUGAGGAAAUAGUUGAGUACAAUGAGAUGAAGAUCAGGAAGAAUCCCUCUCCGGAGAGAUGCAUCAAUCUGUUCCACUGUCUGAGUGAGCUGAAUGACCAUUCUCUAGUGAAGGAGAUCCAAAGAUACCUGAGCUCAGGAAGUCUCUCAGCAGCCAAACUGUCACCUGCACUGUUUUCAGCUCUGGUGUUUGUGUUGCUAUCUUCAAAAGAAGAGCUGGAUGUGUUUGACCUGAAGAAAUACUUUAGAUCAGAGGAGGGUCUUCUGAGGAUGCUGCCAGUAGUCAAAGCCUCCAGAACAGCCCUGCUGAAUCAAUGUAACCUCUCAAACCGAUGCUGCAAAGCGCUGGGCGCAGCUCUCAUCUCCUCACACUUGGAAGAGCUGGACCUGAGUGGCAACGACUUGCAGGAUUUAGGAGUGAAGCUGCUCUCUGCUGGACUGCAAAGUCCACAAUGUAAACUGGUGACACUGAAGCUGUCAGGCUGUCAGGUCACAGAGGAAGGAUGUGCUGCUCUGGCUUCAGCUCUGAGGUCAAACCCCUCCCACCUGAGAGAGCUGGACCUGAGCUACAAUGACCCAGGAGACUCAGGAGUGAAGCAGCUCUAUGCUAUACGGGAGGAUCCACACUGUAAACUGGAGAAACUCAAGUCUUGUGGACCAUGGUAG